AUGCUCUAUUUGAUCGGAUUGGGACUUUCAUACAAAUCUGAUAUCACAGUGCGUGGGCUUGAGGCCAUCAAAAAAUGCAACCGUGUGUAUCUGGAACAUUAUACCAGCAUUUUAAUGGCUGCCACUCAAGAAGAACUUGAAGAGUUUUAUGGAAAAUCUAUCGUGCUUGCUGACAGAGAAUUGGUUGAAAGCGGUUGCGAAGACAUUCUACGUGAUGCGGACAAAGAAGAUGUGGCUUUCUUAGUAGUCGGCGAUCCCUUUGGUGCUACUACUCACACCGACCUGGUUUUGCGUGCUAAAAAGCAGGGCAUUCCAGUUGAUGUCAUUCAUAAUGCCUCCAUCAUGAAUGCGGUUGGAAGUUGUGGCCUUCAAUUGUAUAACUUUGGUCAAACCGUCUCUAUGGUGUUCUUCACUGACAGCUGGAGACCCGAUUCAUGGUAUGACAAGAUUUGGGAGAACCGUAAGAUUGGAUUGCAUACUCUUGUUUUGUUGGACAUCAAAGUUAAGGAACAAAGCUUGGAAAACAUGGCUCGUGGACGUCUUAUCUACGAACCUCCACGCUACAUGUCCAUAUCGCAAUGCUGCGAGCAGCUGCUGGAAAUUGAGGAGAACAGAGGUACAAAAGCCUACACUCCUGACACACCUGCUGUUGCUAUUAGCAGACUGGGGUCUGCACAACAGGCUUUUAAAUCAGGUACCAUUGCGGAAUUGGCCAAUUAUGAUUCUGGUGAACCACUUCACUCUCUAGUGAUAUUGGGAAGACAAUGCCAUGAAUUAGAGCUGGAGUAUUUGAUGGAAUUCGCUGACGACAAACAAAAAUUGAGACAAGACGUUAUAAAAGAUCAGGAAUACUUUAAACCAGCCCCAUGGGUACCAACUGAAGAAGAUGACAACUGA